ACCGUGAAAACGCCUCUCCUCUGCCCUCCUAGCCCUUCCGACUGCUAGCCAUCCCUGCCGGCUUGUGCCUAUCUGCUGUCCCAGCCUGCAGGUCUGCGUCUCCCGAGGCAGAGAAAAAGACUCUCCGGGGCGGUGGCGGCGUCCGUCUUCCAGUUCCCUUUCAUCUCAAUGAUCAGAAUCGGGGCUGAAGCUUGACACCCGGGUCUGACAGGACAGGACUGUAAUCCAUUUCUAUGACAACAGAGAAGGCUUUGGCUGGGGAAAUGAAGACUGCGAUGGAGGGUGACGCCAGGAGAACCAAUCAGGUUCCAGAGGACCAAGGGGAAAUGGAUGAUAACUCAGAGAAGACCCCCAGCAAAGCCUCCAAAUCCCCCCAGAAAAGCACCAAGCGGCCCAAGACUGUCCCUGUCAAAGUCACCCUACUGGACGGCUCUGACUAUGAAACCGCAGUUGAGAAAUUUGCCAAGGGCCAGACUCUGUUGGACAUGGUGUGUGGCCAUCUGAACCUGCUGGAGAGGGACUACUUUGGCUUGACUUUCCAGGACACAGACAACGCCAAGAAUUGGCUGGAUCCCUCUAAAGAGAUUAAGAAGCAAAUCCGGGUCGGUCCCUGGAAUUUCGGGUUUGCUGUCAAGUUCUACCCUCCAGACCCAUCUGUGCUCAUUGAGGACAUUACCAGGUACUAUUUGUGCCUGCAGCUGAGGGAUGACAUCCUGUCUGGUCGUCUCCCGUGCUCAUUUGUCACGCAUGCCCUUCUGGGUUCCUACACAGUCCAGGCUGAACUGGGAGACUAUGAGCCCGAGGAACACGGUCCAGACUACGUCAGCGAGUUCCACUUUGCCCCCAACCAGACACGCGAGCUGGAGGAGAGAGUGAUGGAGCUGCACCGCAACUACAGGGGAAUGAGUCCAGCAGAAGCAGAGAUGAACUUUCUAGAAAAUGCCAAGAAGCUCUCAAUGUAUGGAGUGGACCUGCACCACGCUAAGGAUUCAGAGGGAAUCGACAUAAUGCUCGGCGUGAGUGCCAACGGUCUGCUCAUCUACCGAGAUCGCCUCAGGAUCAAUCGGUUCGCCUGGCCAAAAAUCCUCAAAAUCUCCUAUAAGAGAAGCAACUUUUACAUCAAGAUCCGCCCUGGAGAGUAUGAACAGUUUGAGAGCACCAUAGGCUUCAAGCUGCCCAACCAUCGGGCCUCGAAGCGAUUGUGGAAGGUCUGCAUUGAGCACCACACCUUCUUCAGGUUGGUUUCCCCAGAGCCACCUCCCAAGGGCUUCCUGGUGAUUGGCUCCAAGUUCCGCUACAGCGGGCGGACUCAAGCUCAGACCAGACAGGCCAGCGCUCUGAUCGACAGGCCCGCUCCACAGUUCGAUCGUUCUGUUAGCAAGAGGUACAUGCUGCCCCGAAGCAUUGACGGAGCCUCAGCUCUUGGUGACAGUAUGGACCAGCUGUCCCAGCGAAGCUCCAGUGAACGCACCCAGUUCAUGUCCAGAGAAGAUCUAGACCAGGAGGGCAGCCUAGACCUGGACCAUGAUCAUUAUCAUUAUCAAGACCAAGAUCAGGACCAGUACACAGAUCAGGAAGAAGAUCAGAGGCAGACCAAGACUUUGGAGCUCAAGGGUGAGGAGGCAGGCUCGCCUGUAGACUCAAAGCCAGAGGAACUGGUCACCCUUCGGCCUAAACAGGAGCAAUUCUUGGACAAGCCAGAAGAUGUUAUACAAAAGCACCAGGCCAGCAUCAAUGAGUUGAAGAGGGCAUUGAGGCAGCCUAACAGCAAGAUGGCCCAGAGAGAGAAACGCAUCUCCUCAGCUACUCCUCCUGGAGGGACUCCUGAGCGGAAACCCGAGACACCUCCCACCCCUGCUAUACACGAGGAGCCUCUCAACGAAGCCUCAAGGGAACCAUGGGAGAGGCGUCUGGGCUCUGUAUCAGAGGACGAUCAGGACCACGAGAUCCUGUACUUGAAGGAAACCCACCUGGGCAUUGAACGCAAAUGUUCCAGCAUCACGGUCAGCUCUACAUCCAGCUUGGAGGCUGAAGUAGAUUUCACCGUCCUCACAGACCUGCACACAGGCAUGGAAGAGUUCUCCAGGGGUAUGUCAGAGUUGGGUGAGAGGGAUCUGUCACCAGAUGGGGGUCUGCGCUUCGGCAUUGACUUGCUCCAGCAACAGCAGGGCCCCUUGGAGCCACCUCCUCCAUUGGUGUCAGCACCUCUGUCCAGAGGAGCCAGCAGCAGUCCUCCAGCCAAACAAAUCCAAGCUGAAGAAGUCCGACCAGAAGUCAAGCGGCCCGAUGUGCAGCCUGUAGUUCCCAAAAAACCAAAGAGGUCCGUGCCUGUGUCUUCGUCAGUGGACCGAGAUCAGUCACACAGAGAGGCUAGUCGUGUCUCUGCCAUCACACCACUGAGCAGGGAGGGCAGUGAUGUCAGGCCCGCACCAACAGUUAGAAAGACGGACGUCAGGACGGAGACUCAACCGAAUGGGUCAGAGGUCACCACGACCAUCGUGGAGUUCACAGAUCAGGAUCAUGGUAUCAGUGGACUCAGUGAAGUUUCUUACUCUACGAGACAGAGUGUAUCCCCUGUGCACAAGGGCAGUCUUGGAAGAGAGACAUCAGGAUCGCCCAUCCUUGUCUCUGAAAAUGUUACCUCAGCUACCACUCAUGUUACAAAGACGGUGAAAGGAGGAUAUUCAGAGACCAGGAUCGAGAAGAGGAUCAUAAUCACAGGAGAUGACGACGUAGACCAGGAACAGGCUCUGGCUAUUGCGAUACAGGAAGCCAAGCAGCAGCAUCCAGACAUGCAGGUGACCAAGGCAGUUGUUGUCAGGGAAACAGAAUCAUCCACUGAGGACCGACACGGUGCAUCGGAGUCCUGAUUUCCUGAGACGAGAGUGCCCCCCUUUGGACCGGAAGCGUCAGUACCCGACCUGAAAUUGCCACCCACCAUCCCAAUUGAUUAAAGACUGAGGCGCUCUGACGGAGCCUCUUGUACAAGUUCACACAUAAAGCUGAAACAGGAAUCUUCAGACUAUUUAAUUUGUAUUAGAACAUUUCAUUAUUGAAAUCAUCAUCAUGUUCAGUGGAGUGAUUGUUUUUUAAAUUUUUUAUUUUGCAGUCGAGCUGCACAAAUACAAAGAAAAAAACAACAUAAUUUAUGAAUUUUACAUGGUUGAUAAUAUGCCACUAGAAUUCCAAACAUCUGAAAAUUAAAAAAAAAUUUUAAACAUAAUCCAAGUAGAUCCCCUGCAAACCUCUCAGGGUCUAUAUGUUCAAAUUAUUCACUUAGGUAUUUCUGAAAAAAACACAGGGAAUUCAUGUGCAAGGGAUUUGUUUAGAUAACAAGUGCACUCACACAAUGUGGAAUAAUCCAAAGGUGCGUUCCGUGGUGGUACCCAUCCUGUGGAGAAAGAAUCUUUGGGAAUUUUGGAUUAUGAGUGGCUUAUAUUCUGAUCAUGUGAUUCCUGCUGUGUGUGCUGAAAAAAACAAAACAAAAAAAAUGUGUUUACAUUGUGUCACUGAGUAACAGAAUCCAUUACAUGUAGCUCCAGUACUGUUAAAGCAUCCAGUGACCCAGGGUUUAGCGAAAACUGUUUCGUUUUCAUAGCUAGUCGAAUAAACAAAUAAGCUUUGUUCCAUCCCAUCACGCUGAAUGAUGAAGACGCACUGAUUAGAGACGGUCGCGGUCCUCUGGAGAUCUUUAUUGAAGUAUUUAGCGGGGACCAGUGUUAGCUAUUUAGUAAUAUUUGACUUACGUUCAACAUAUCUCGCCCUCGAUGUGUGGGUGGUAAGUAUGCAUAUCUGCAUAUAUGUCUUACCAUUAGGAGCUGUUCAUACACAGUGUACCUGUUGUAUUUAUUCAAACAGUGGCGAUGUAGUUUCUGAGCAUGCUGAUGUUUCAGAAUGAGCCCAGUUUCUCUCCUCUCCCGGCCUUUAGAUGCGCGCUCAGAACUCACCAGGAUUUAAUACCAUAUUGGUCGUUGUGUGUAGUAAGUACAUAGAGUUAGGCUUACAUCCCUUGUUCAAGUCACAGAAUGGGCUCCUGCAUCAGUAAAAGUAGUGUAUGAGAGAACUUUUGCAUGGUGAUGAUUUCUUUCAGAUGACUGGACUGUAAAUGACUGCGGUGGAUACGAACUCAUCAUAAGGAUGAAUGAUAAUGUCCAUGACAGAAACACCCUGAGAAAUUACAAAGCUGUAGAGACUGACAAUUAACGAAAAGAAAUGAAGUGUAUUCAUGAGAAAGAGUAGGAAAUGUCAAGUACACAGUACAUUCAGUUAAGACAGUACGGUCGGUUAUUUUGUUACAGCCCUCUUACACUCUCAUCUCUUCUGAAACCACUUAUGACAUUUAACUGAUCCUAACUUAGCAGUUUUCUACUUAUUUGCCAGUGAAUGAACACAAUGUAGGCCACUCAAGCUUACAUUCUCCAGGCUGAAAUGGCAUUAUGCAUCAGAGCUCUACCGAUGCUCUUUCGUGUAAAGUACCAUUCUAGGAAUAAAAUAUACAGUAGAAGCAUCUUUGAGCUUUUAGUUGUGUGUGAUUUGGUCCAUGGAUGUUAGAGGGAUGCUGUAGACAUGUAACGUGCCAACUGAGGUAGCAGUCAAACUGUACAAACACUGGUUUUGUAUGAAAUAACUUUAUAUGAACAACUUUUAAUUACAAGAGUGUCAAAAGGUCAAAUGCUCACAUCUUUGGUAUGACAUGGUUUCUCUUUAAUUACGGUGUCUUCAGCAUUAAAAAAAAAAAAUGGUACAACUUCUGUAUCUUUUUCAAAACUCAUAUUUUAUAUAUAGACAUGCAGCAGAAAAUUCAUUCAAUUGAUAAAAGCAAUGUUAAAAGCUGCCACUUAAGGUUCAUGAAGAAAUUACUGGCUUUCAGACACUAAACUAUACAGUCUAUGUUCACAUGUCUAGUGUAACUUUUGUGUUUCUUAUUUUGGUUCCAAAGUGAUGGUUAGUCAUGGAUGUGGGUGUCAAACUGAAAGGUGGAAAAAAGAAAAAUGCAGCCAUGCAUACCUUGUACUGUAUAUUUGGUGCUGUUUAGUGGAUUGUGACGAUGUAUAGUAGUUAAUGGCCAUGGGCUUGAUGUACACUAGGGGGCACCGGUUACCUAAAAGAAGCCAGCUUAGCGGCAGCAUCAAGCAUACCCAGCUGAAGUCCUUCUUUCCAUUCUUCACUUAGGGGCAAAAUAUUGGACCAACCAGCAAGGUCUAACAUACCUCUCUGUCCAGAAAAGGCCUGCUCAUGGACAUGUGACAGUGACCAGACUGUAAUAACCAGACUGUGAAUAAUCACAGACCCUCAACUGUGGCUGAGACACGUGGUGCCGAAGUGUGAUUGGAUGACCUCUGGCAGGCCCUUAAACCUAGCCUUGUCCUUCUGUACAGACCUCUCCUGCUCCUCCUCCUCUGCUGCUUCAUCUCUUCUGCUCUGCUGCUUUCCACUGCUUAGUGCUG